UCCCGUGAGUUAGAAGAGGAGGAGGAGGAGGAGGAAGGAGGGAGGGGUGGAGAGGAAAAGCAUUGCGAUACUGCAGGAACAGACUGAGGAGCUACAGGAGAGAAGAGAGAGGGAGAAGAAGAGGAGAGGGGGAGGAAGAAGGAGGAGGAGAGGAAAACCAGAAAGAGAAACAGAGAGGUGAAAUUAAGACGGGGACAGAAGGAGGUUGGUGCAAAGGAAACAAUGACAGAAAAGAGGAGAACAUGAGCUGAAGGAGAGAGCAGCAGGAGGAAAAGGUAAAACUAAAGACGGAGGAGAAACAGGACGGACGGAGAAGAAGACAGGAGGGAAACGGUGAGGAAAAGGAGGCUGAGUUCAGAGGAAAUGAAAGAGAGCAAAGUGAAGGAUAAGGACAGGAGGAGAAGGUGAAGAGGAGCAGAUGGAGGGGUUUGGUGCAGUGUGUGUCGGGUGGAGGCAGUCGGGUGGAGAGAUGCAUCUCUGCAGGACUUUGAUACUUUCUGCUGCUUUUCAUGGAUCAUGUUUCAACAGGAACUUCGCUCCAUGUUCUCUGAAAACUUCCUGCUGAUUGGACGGACGCUGCAGGUCAGACAUGAGACUCAAGGACAUGCACGGACAGAUGGAUGGAGAGUUUACUGAUGUGUUGAGGAUGGAGUGAUACGGCCGUCGGUCUGAUCGACAGGCGGACUGAAACCUGUUGGAACAUCACCAAGAAAUCCCCAGAGGAGUUUGUUGGGAGGAGCUGUAGUCACGCAGACAUCACGGUGCAGAUAAUGAUGAAAGGAGGUGUUUGACACAUUUGGACUCGUCUUUUUGACUCAAAGACGAAGUGAAGUCUUCGGGGAACUUCCUGAAGGCACUCGGUGAGAAUUACUGUGAAAAGAGGAAAUAGCUGACUGAUGGUCGACCGAUGCGUUAAAGUCUAAAAGUCAUUUCAGCAAACCAGGAAGAGUCUCAGAAAAUGUCCAGACUCCUUCAGGAGUCUGAUCUGUCAGACGUCACUUCAGGGUCACAGAGAUUACUGACAGAUGGAUGUGUUCAGGGUGAACUGAAACUGUUGGACGUGUGUUUGCAGACAUACAGAAUGAUCUGAUUGAUGACACACACGUCCACAGGACUGUGGUGGGAGAUGAUCUAACAGAUGAAAACAGAAGCAAGUGCAGACAGAUGCAGUUUACAGAUAUUUCAUGAAUACAUUUGAAUUGUUGGACUUAUUUUUGAGCAACGUCUUUUCAGUCUCAUAAAUGUCUCUGAGGUCUUUGAGAAUGAAGCUGAAAGAAAGACACAGCUGCACAAACACAACUUGCACUGAUUCAGAAGUUUUUGUCAAUAAACCGAGAACAUUUUUUUUUAAACUCUCAGAUCUCCUGAGGAGUUUGGUGACAGUGACUGGAGUCGUCACUGAUGGACGAGACGUCAGGUCACUGAUGUUUCAAGAGUGAAUUGAUGCACAAGCAAGACUGAAGCCUGUUUGAAACUUGGUGAGGAGUUUGUUGAGACUCGAAUCACUUUGACGUCGUCACAGGAUCAACGAACAGUUUAUAGAUACAUUCAGGAUAAAUUUGUGCAGUUUGGAUGUUUGUUUGUAGACGUAGAUUUUUUUGAUGAAUCUGAGGCCUUUGGUGUCAAUGCUCCUGAAAACAGGAAAACACAGGAUGACCAGAUCGUUUACUCACACAUGCAAGUUAAAGUCCUUCGAUUGACGUCUCUCCUGGAACAACCCACCUUUGGAUCCUUGUUGGCAGAACACAUUUUGGGGGAUUUUGAUGGAAUGACUGGUCUAAACUUUUCUGAAAACUUUUCUUGUACCUUUCUGGAUUUAUCUCGGACUCUACCUGGAGAACUUUCAUUUUCUGGAUCACUUCUGGCGCCACGUGUUGGUUUUCCUGCCGCCAUGUUUCACUGUCGAACACGUCGGUCAUGUCUCAGCCUCGCUGGUUUUUACUGAUUCCUCUCUUGUUGGAUUCAAUCUGGUUCUGUGCGAUGGUGAAUGAGGAUGAGUUUGGACCUGGUUCCUCUUUGAGGUGGAGAACUCUGAGCAGAUAAUGGACUGGAAGGAACUGGCGGCUCAGAAGCUCAGUCUGUCCCGCAGGAAGAAGUCCCAGCCGGGCGCCGGGGCCACAUCUCCCACUGAGGCCUCGGGGCCCUUGCUUUACACUGGAGGCUUCAGCGGGGCCCUGCAGCUGUCCCCGCCCGCCGUCCCACCAUGCCUCCUCCGGGCCAGAUCAAAGGUCAAGGACACGCCGGGGAUGGGGAAGGUCAGAGUGAUGGUCCGGAUCUGUUCAGUCCACAGCAGCAAGUCUUCAGAGUCCAUGUCCCUCCUCAAAGUGGACGGCAGGAAGAAGCUGCUGACUCUCUGUGAGACGUCAGCCGGAGGACAAACCGCUGCUACCACCGCCCAGAGACGAUCCUCCGCCUCCGCUCCAAAGACCUUCACCUUCGACGCCAUCUUCUCCCAGGAUGCCUCACAGGCUGAGGUGUGUUCAGGGACGGUGGCAGAGGUCAUCCAGUCAGUGGUGAAUGGAGCAGACGGCUGCAUCUUCUGCUUCGGACACGAGAACCUGGGUAAGACCUACACCAUGAUUGGACGGGACUGCUCCACCCAGAGUCUGGGCGUGGCUCCAACCGCCAUCUCGUGGCUGUUUAAGGUGAUUGAGGAGCGGAGGGAGAAGUCUGGAGCGCCUUUCUCAGUCAGAGUGUCGGCUGUGGAGAUCUCUGGUCGGGAGGAGACGCUCAGCGACCUCCUGGCUGAACUCUCCUCCUCCUCCUCAGGGGGGAGCCAGCAGGAGGCCCCGGGGCCUGCAGUGUCCCUGAGAGAAGACCCCCUCUGUGGAUCCCAGCUGCAGAACCAGACGGAGCUUCGGGCCACCAAUGCUGAGCGAGCGGCGUUUUUCCUGGACGCCGCGCUGGCAGCGAGGAAGAGCAGCCGGGCGCCGAAUGACAAGGAGGUCCGGAGGAACUCUCACUUCCUGUUCACCCUGCACCUUUACCAGGAGAGGCAGGACAAGAGCAACAAGGCGGCAGUGUCCGGGCGGAGUCGUCUCCACCUGCUGGAUCUGGGCAGCUGUGAGACAGACAUCAGCAGGACCAGAGAGGGAGGCGGAGGACAGUGUCUGUCUCUGUCCGCGCUGGGAAACGUCAUUCUCGCCCUCGCCAACGGAGCCAAGCAUGUUCCCUACAGGGACAGUAAGCUCACCAUGCUGCUCAGAGAGUCCCUCGGUAACAUCAACUGUCGAACCACCAUGAUUGCCCACAUCUCUGACUCCCCCACCAACUACAUGGAGACGCUGACCACAGUGCAGCUGGCGUCCCGCAUCCACCGCAUGAGGAAGAAGAAGUCCAAGUAUGCCUCCAGCUCAUCCGGAGGGGAGAGUUCUUGCGAGGAAGGCCCGUCCCAUCGACCCCCUCAUCUUCAGCCCUUCCACCCUCGAACUGUGGCCCUUGACCCUGACACACCCCUGCUGCUCUCCAGCGAUCCUGACUACUCCUCCAGCAGUGAACACUCUUGCGACACCGUCAUCUACAUCGGGCCCGGAGGGGCGGCCAUCUCGGACCGAGAGCUGAGCGACAAUGAGGGGCCGCCUUCCUUUGUCCCCAUCAUCCCCUCCCUGAACAAGAAGCAAGUGAAAGACACCCCCCGGUCUGACGGAGACCACUUCAAGUGUAACACUUUUGCAGAGCUGCAGGAGAGACUCGACUGCAUUGAUGGCAGCGAGGGUUCAGCCAUGUUCAGCACAGAGGUCAAAGCAGCACCAGCAGUGGCACUCAGGACUCAGGGUGGAGCUACAAAACCCACAGAGGCAACGUCUCCACCUAAACCUGAGAAGUACUCUUCCCACAGGUUCUUAGAAAGCACAAAUAAACCUGAUCAAGAACAAUCCAAAUCCCCUUCGGUCAGCGGCUUCCUGGACUCUUCCCGACGGAUGAGUGCAGAUGGGGAGAAACUUCCAGCCCCUCCCCCUCAGCCAUGUGGGGUAAAACAGGUCGGGGCUUUGGGCCAGGAUGCAGAGCCUGUGGUUCGAGAGAAGGUCUACCUCACAGGAGGUGUUCCCAAACCGUCAGCCUCACCGUCUAUACCCAGGACAUCCAGGGCAGCGUCUCAGUCCAGGGGCAUUGUAGCCAGGACUCCCCCAGUGGGUAUGAGCCAACCGGCCUUGAGGCAAAGCCAACCGCUGGGGUCCCCCAACAUGGAGAGGGCCCACAGUCUGCGGGCCGCUCUGUUAGGAAGAUGUCUGGACACAGAUUUUCUGAGGACGACUGUGACUCUGCAGCAGCCGGUGGAGCUGAACGGGGAAGACGAGCUUGUGUUCACAGUUGUAGAGGAGCUUCCACAUGGCCUCGUCCCGGACAACGGCCGCCCCUCCAAUCUCCUCAGCUUCAACACUGACUGCUCUCUACAGGCCUUAUCCUCUGGCUCCCGGCCCGUCAGCAUCAUCAGCAGUAUUAACGAUGAGUAUGAUGCGUACAUGUGUCAACAUGGAGCUGUGGGACCUGGGGCUGAUGUUGGCAUCGAAUGCCAGGAAUUGCAGUUUUCCCAACAUGACAACAAGCAGUCCACUGACUCAUGGUUGAGAGAGGUGAGUGCUGAUUUGGCUGAAGCUGAAGGCGCUCAUUCAAGCAACGUUAGCAGGCUUUACGUGAGGGACAGAAUUGUGGCAUCACAGAGUGCAUCCAUGCUGUCCUCGCCAAGUAUGUUUCAUAAACUGCCGUUUCUGCAGCACGGCGUCAAGAGCUCCCUGAACGACAGCGGCAUCUGUUUCUCAGAGCUGGACAGUGACCCUGCUACUCCGAACAAACCUUCUUUGACAAAGUGCCCCCCCUCCCCUGACUCAACCAAAGCCUCUCCCAGAGGCUCUCUGAAGGUGAGAUCCAGCACCCUGAAUCCUUCAGUGUCCUCCCACAUUUCCCAUCACGCUGCCCAUUCCAGUCUUCCCAGGAAAAACAAGCUUACCUCAUCUGCAGCAGCAGCCUACAGCAGACAGGAAGGCAGACAUGAUGACUUUUUGCUUCAGGGAAGCAGCCACUUUGAUCCCAGAGGGGUGGAGUUUCUCUCUGCUGGUAAGCCACUGAGAAGUGGCACGAGUAGUGUUUCCUCUAAGAGGCCCGGCGGGAACAGUAACAGUGUGCCCCGCCCACCAAAGGCACAAACGUCAGCUCAGAGGGUUGUUGACGGCUGUGAGAAGUCCAGCAGCAGGAGAGGAGAUACUCUUAUCAAGCUGCCACAACUCACCAGGGGCGCAACAACUCUGGGAACCAUUUCUGUUCCCCAGAGUUCUGAACUGAAAUGGAGUAAUGAGGGUGUGUCAGUGACAGGGACCCUGAGGUUUUCAUCACUGGGAAAAAAGUCAAACGGGCAGAAAAGCAGCGUCAUCUCCAAGUUUGGAUCUGGAAACAUCUCCCCUGUUGCUCCACCUGUCAGACAGUCGAGCCAAGAACAAAAGACAAAGACUGCGAUUUCUCCAAGUGCCUUAAAAACAAGCAGCGACACUGGAAAAUUACUGUUCCCUAAAACAUCAACCCCAGAGGAAGAAUUCAACAUCAGGUUGCAGGCCGAGUCGUUCACCCACAGGGCAUCCAGUCUGAAAACUGAACAGGGCUCUGCGAGGACAUCCUCCAGCCUGAAGACACGAGGGAUCAAAGCAGAUUCUGCCAGGUACCUUGGCAGUCUGAUGUCUCUGGAGAGAUGUGACAGUCAAACAGCAGGGUCCAAGCCUGAACCGUCCAGGGAGAGCAGUGGUGCUACUUUAGGAGGAAACAGCAGAUCCAACAGAUCAGUGCCAAGACUCGGGGUGCCAGCCUCCACCUUCACCUCCACCUCUGCUACUGCUUCACAACUUUCCUCUGCUGUCCUUGCACCUACAAAUAAGCUUGGUCAGGUCAAAAGCAGCAGCAGCAGCUGUCGAGCAGCAGUUUCUGGUGGAUCAAAGGUUCGAAUUCUGUCCGCCAGCACUUCCAAGAGCACAAGCUCCUCUCCUAAACCUCCUGAUAAUGGUGCUGCACGCAACACCAGCCUGUCUCCAACUGUUAAGUCCCCCGCUCGGUCGGGGGCAGGGGCCAAGACAGGAAGAGGCACCAUCAUGGGCACGAAACAGGCCAUCAGCAGGGCAGCUAACAGCCGCGUUAGCGAGCUAGCCACUGGUAGUCAAAGGAAGCAGCUCAGCAGGGGCACCGGAGUGACAGGAAGUGAUGGCACUGACAGCAGGACUAGUAGUAUCAGUGGUUCGCCAAUCAACAUGCCGCUGCCAUCACCUUACAGCAAGAUCACAGCGCCUCGCAGGCCACAGCGCUACAGCAGCGGGCACGGCAGUGACAACAGCAGCAUCCUCAGUGGGGAGCUGCCCCCCGCCAUGGGACGCACCGCCCUGUUUUACCACAGCGGGGGGAGCAGCGGCUAUGAGAGUAUGAUCCGGGACAGUGAGACCACCGGCAGCACCUCUUCAGCACACGACUCCAUGAGCGAGAGUGGAGUGUCCUCGUCCAAUAGGAGCAGAGUUUCCAAAUCGCCCAAGAAGAGAGGAAACGGUUUCCUCCGGCGGCGUCUGAUCCCGGCUCCCCUGCCAGACCCCUCAUCCCUGGUCAGGAAGGUCGGGGGUCAGUGGGUGGACCUGCCCCCGCUGGGUGGCACGCUGAAGGAACCCUUUGAGAUAAAGGUGUACGAGAUCGACGACGUGGAGCACCUGCAGAGGAGGAGGGAGGUGGUGACGGGGUCAGAGCCUUUCCAUGAUGUUGAAAAGGGUCUGCUGUACUUUAACGCCCGGCUGAGGAUGCUGGAGAAGCGACAGCAGCAGAUCAGAGAGCUGAAGAGCAAACAUGAGAGGCUGAAGGUGGAGCUGGAGGAGGCCAAGAGCCGGCUGAUGCUCCACCCCGGCAAGUGGAGUGGAGAGUUUGACGUGGACCAGGACCUAGACCGGGAGUCCCAGGAGUACCUGGAGGCUCUGGCUCAGGUCACGGCGGAGCUGGAGUACUGCGUCAACCUCUGCAAGUCCCGCGUCAUGAUGGAGACAUGCUUUGACAUUGCUGUGACAUCGGCCGCCGCCACCACGCAGGGAGGACAGCUGGAGGUGGAGGUGUGAGAGGAGAGACGGGGAUGGGCGUAUUAAAAGAGCACCACUGCUGUCAGCCUGCCCCCUGUGGCUACUCACAGUACUGCAACAAAAAAAAAUCUACUGAGGCCCCAAAAACACUGACAGUCAUGCACAAGGGAGCAACUUUGAUUAAAAUGAAUGAGUGAAAUGUUGAAGUGCAGUUUCUAGCUCUGAUAACACGUUCAUGGCGACCAAUGGGAAGCGCAGAAAGGGGAGGAGUCUCUGUGGCAUAAUGACAAAGGACAUGAUUUAUUGUCCUGAGCAGAAAUUCAUUUUUCAGGACAUCACAGGAAAACUCUGACGACAUUUAUCUCAGCAGACAAAACAUCCGACAGACUCAUUCAUUCAUUCGUUUAAUCAAAGUGAAAUCUCUGAAGACUCGAACAGAUGAGACGGAGACAGAGACAGAGGAGCUGCGGCUGGAACAAACAGGAAGUUAAAAACUCAGUACAUGUCGGUGACAACUGAUGUAAGAAAACUGUUUUUGGAUGUGUUUCCAUGGUGACCGACGUUUGUCCUCUGUGGAGACGUCCCGUCAAAGCAGAGGAACACACUGCUGGUCCUGAGUCAGUGACGACGAACAGAUCUCAGAGAGGAUGAAAGUUCUGGAAGUGCCUUUCUAUUUAUCAUCUAAUCUAAUACAUUAAUUAUUUUUUCGGAUUUUAUAUGUUUAUCAUGUCUGUUUGUUUUUAUGGUGCUGAUCUUAAAACUUUAAUAUAUUAGUUAUGCAAAAAGCUGAUGUGUGAUUUCAGAGUUUACAUGAUAGAAACUGUAUUUAAGUUUGAGCGAGAGAAGAAAAAGAAGGAGACGGAGAGACGAGCAAUAAUUCAGUUAUUAAUACAGAGCUCAUCUCACUGGAUGAUUUGCUGCCUUUCACUCGACACACACACUGACUCAAAGCUUCUGUCAGAUUAUCAUUUAAAGAUAAAUCUCCUCCUUAUCGUCUCAUGAAAUGUGAACUCAUGUUGAAAUCAUUUAGUCUCAUUGUCUUUGACGUUUAUCCAGAUUAAACAUGACUCCAUAAAUCCUCUCAGAAAUCAGAGACAAAAAAAUCAUCAUGUUUCCUUCAGCUCAGUGUGAACAGACACACCUCGCCAGCUCUGAUGGACAGAAACAUGUUCUGAUGGUAAAGAACCUGAAAGCAGAAACUGUUGGUUGUCUCUGAGACCAGAGCCAAAGAGCAGGAAGCAGGAGCAAACUGAGUCCAGCAGACGAGCUCUGUUUCUUGAAACCUUGGUUCGAUCUGGAGAACCAGUCUGUUUCCACCAGCAGAACCACUGAAAUCAAGGACGUGUCAUCAGAGGAAGGUUGUGCGGUGCACGAUAGAAGUAAACAGUUGUAGCAGGAUGACAGAUCACUCUGACGACCUGUGAGCUUCUAGUCUUUUUCCUGACGAGUUCUUGUUACGUUUCUCAUUUGUUGCCGUCUCUAUCGUCUCUUUCCAACUUGUAGACUAUGACACGCCCUCUGAUGUCAUCAUGUUUCAAACAUCCAUUUCAGAAAUACCUGCCGUUUGUUGGUUCAGAAACAACUUUCUGGGCUCCAAACCAGUUUAAUUUUUUUUGAAAUGCUCUGUCCAGUUCACGAUGAGGUGCAGGAACCAGAAAAGAAGCUGUUUUAUGUUGGUGGAAAAGUGACCUGAGAGACUCGACUGAUUCAAACUGAGACGAGUCUGUGAGCUGAAAAUGUUUCACUGAUUGAAGACAACAAACAACAAACUUCAUCAGUCAAAUAUAAGCUCUCCAAAUUCAAUAUUUAAACAUCUAAAAAAGUUGAUAUUGUCUCUAUAUUUUAUUCAUAUUUUUGCAACAUUUUACGACAUUUUAUAAACAUUUUUGAGACAUUUUAUUAAUACGUGUUGAAGAAUUUAAUAACAUUUUUAUGACCUUUUUUCAGUAAUUUUUUUCAGAUAUUUUAUUAUUUUUUUGACAUUUUAUCAACAUUUAUUAAGACAUUUUUAAAUAGUUAAAGAGUAUAUUUGUUUUCUGUCAGGUGCCUCAGCUGUGGCAGGAGAUAUCAUGUUUUCAAGCACAUUCUCAUAAACAUAAUAUGUCAACAACAGUUGAGGGAAUUUUUAAAACUUUGACUCAAACGUCCACCUGGACUCAACAAUGAACUGAUUAGAAUUUUGUGGUCAAAGGUCAGUGUGACCUCAUAAAACAUGUUUUUGUCCAUAACUGAAGAAUUCAUUCACUAAUUCUGACCAAACUUGACACAAAUGUCUAACAGGAUAAAAUAAUGAAGGUCAAAAGGUCAAAGGUCAGCUUGACUGUGACAUCAUCAUGUUUUAACGUCAUAUCUCAGGAACAGAAGAGGAGACAUUUGGUCAGAUACUGAAUUGGUGACUCUAAUCUUGAAACUGUGCUGAUUGUAUAGAUCUUCUGUGUGUGAAGCAUCCAUGUUUUCACUGACAUGGAUGGAGACUGACUCUGAACAUCAAAAUGCUUCAAAGCAUGACAUUCAAUAACAGUGUAGAAAUCAGGCUGAGUCACACUGUCACCCUGAGGAGUCAUUCAUUCAUUCAAAUUUCUAACUUUGUUUCUUCAACCAUUUUUUCCUCUUUAACUUUAUGAAGUGUCUGUUCUUCUCCUCCAUCUACUUCUUCUCUUUCUCCUCCUCCUUCUUCUCCUUCUUCUUCUUCUCCUCCUCCUCCUCCUCCUCUUCCUCUCCUUCUCCUCCUCCUCUUCUUCUUCUCGUUCUCCUCCUCCUCCUCUCCUGGUCAGUCGACAUUUAAACAUUCUCAGGCUGUUUUUAAAGUUGCUGCAUGAAAACUUUUCUUCUUCUUCUUCUUUAAACAUGUGAUGUUCUGCUUCUGUUUCUUUAGUUGUGUUUGUCUUAGAAGAAAAAGUGAGUUUUGCCAAACACAUUUUUUUAAAGUGACGUGAGACCUUUACUAACUCUUUUUUUAUUUCUUUUGGUACUGUACAGUUUUCUAAUCAUUUGUAAAGAAAAGAGAAGAGUUUGGAAAACAGUGUACAGGCUGGGUGGGUCGC